GUCGACAUUCAUUUUUUGUUUCUUGGAAGAAAUAAUUGAAAUUGAACAUACAUUAUAUUGGUAUAUAAAUUUUGAUGAUCAAGAAGUAUUCCAAGAGUAUGCCUUCCUCGUGAUUUGCAAUUUUUUUUCCAAUUUUAUCCGAUGUAGGCUAUUUUAAAGGUGACGGAAUCCCUUCUUACGUAACACGGCCGACCGGUGUAUUUUCUUGCAACUGUACAACACCAUCAGUACAUGUAUUAAAGUCAACCGAUAUGUCCAAUAAUAAAUCGAAUGGUUACUCCUCCAAUGGUUCGUUGGUGGUUGAGACCCAUCACCACUUCCUAGACGAGCUGUACAAAAUGAUGGUUAAAGACGUUUAUGACGGAGGGAGAAACCGGGACUCGAAAGUGGUGGAAUUCAAACAUCCCAAAGAGUUAGAGGCCUUGAUGGAUCUAGGGCUUAAUAAGGAGACAUCAGAUGAUAAUCUACUGAAAAUCUGUCAGGACAUCAUCAAAUAUAGUGUCAAAACAGGGAAUCCCCACUUCUUUAACCAGUUAUGGAGUGGACUGGAUGAUUACAGUUUGGGAGGGGCCUGGCUCACUGAGGUCCUGAAUACAAGUGUAUAUACAUAUGAAGUGUCACCUGUGUUUACAUUAAUGGAGAAGACACUGAUAGAAAAAAUGUUGAAUCUCAUUGGCUUCAAAGAUGGGGAUGCCAUUUUUACUCCAGGUGGUUCCUUGGCCAACAUGUAUGCUUUGAACGUUGCUAGAUUCAAAAGGUUCCCAGAUGUUAAGAAAACGGGGGUGUAUGGUUUGCCCAAACUUUGUGUGCUUACUUCUGAAAAGGGUCACUACUCCAUUAAGAAAGGAAUGGCUUUCCUAGGACUUGGUUUGGAUAACUUAGUUAAUGUCAAGGCUGACAGUAAGGGAAAGAUGGAUGUCCAGGACUUGGAGGACAAAAUUCUUCAACUACAGAGUGAGUCCAAGGUUCCCUACUUUGUGAAUGCCACAUCUGGAACCACUGUGUAUGGGGCGUACGACCCACUGGAUAAGAUAGCUGACAUCUGUCAGAAGUAUGGUCUCUGGAUGCAUGUGGAUGGGGCUUGGGGAGGCAGUGCCUUGUUGUCCAAGAAAUACCGGGCCCUGAUGAAAGGCAUUGAUAGAGUUGACUCAAUGACAUGGAAUCCCCACAAAAUGAUGGGCUCUCCCCUCCAAACUGCAGCUUUCUUUACAAGACACAAGAAUCUCCUCCCUCCCUGCCACUCGGCCAAUGCUGCCUACCUGUUCCAACAGGACAAGUUCUACGACGUCUCUUACGACACAGGCGACAAGUCCAUACAGUGUGGCCGCAAAAACGAUUCCCUCAAACUUUGGCUGAUGUGGAAGGCCAAGGGAGAUCAGGGCUUUGAAAGGGACAUUGAUAAUCUCUUUGAAUGUUCAAGGUAUUUAGCCAAUUUGGUCAAGGAAAGAGAUGGAUUUGAAUUGGUCAUUGAACCUGAGUGUACCAAUGUUUGUUUCUGGUACAUACCGGCCAGCAUGAGGGACCAGACCAGAGAUGCUGAUUGGUGGGAGAGACUGGGAAAGGUGGCUCCAAAAAUCAAGGAGGGGAUGACCAAGGCAGGCACCAUGUUGAUUGGGUACCAGCCGGACGAGGAGCACGUCAAUUUCUUCAGGAUGAUCAUUACAAACCUGGAGAUCCUGAAAUCUGACAUGGACUUUGUAGUUAACGAGAUUGACAGGCUGGGAAAGGAUUUAUAGUUUAUAUCUCUGUAAAUGGGGAUCGCCCUGCGAGACAACAAAUGGCAUGCAUUGACUGGAUGAAAUUUUACUGAGUACUGAGAAGGACAUACCCAGAUUUUUUUUGUUAUGACAAAAUAAUUAGUUUGUUUUCUCUUUAAAUUCAUGUUUGUUUUACCGCUACCUUUUGAAUUUUUCACUUUGAGUGUUUCAAAGAAAGAAAUUAUAAGUGUUGUUUUUUUUUUCUCUUUUGAGAACUGAUAUAGAGGUAUAUGCCGGUAUUAUCUUAAUUUCCCUUUUAUAUUCUACAUGAAUAUAUUAAUUUUAAAGAUGCAUAUUUUGAUUCAGACUUACACAAAAAUAGCAAUUUAACCAAUGUGUAUUGUGCCUUUUUAUGUUAUUAUCUAAACCAGUUGAUCGUUUACAGAAAACUGCUUUGACCAUGACAAUUUAUUAUACUUUACAUACACCUCCCAGUGUCACCCAGUUUACAACUUGUUCAAUUUGUUUUCUUUUAUUUUUUUAACAUGAUUCAUGGCAUGUGAAUGAUAAAUUGGUCACAUAUAUAGACUACAGGUAUAUUCAUAUUUUCAUGCAUUUGAGCAGCUGACUGUUUGAUGUUAUAAACACCGCAUGAUAAAUUGCUCCAUAUUUUUUAGGCAUUUAUGACGGGUUUUAAUGCAAUAUAUAUCUGCUUUGGAUACAUGCAUGUUCAUAUUCUCAGCUGUUUUUGUAAUCAGUUGUUACAUUUAAAUGGAAUACUAUCUAAAGAUGAUAAAACAAUUAUUAAUAUACAUACAAUCUGCUGGUAUACCACAUUAUUAUUAUACCUAUAUUUGCUUUUUGUGUAAUCCGUUUUGAAAUUUAAAACAAUAUUUAUGUAUCUUAUGUUAAAAUUACAGAUGUUAAUGUAUGAUACAAUGCAGUAAGUACAUUUAUAUUAAAGUUCGAGCAUAUGCAUUUGCUGGUAGAUAAGAGCAAGAGAGAGUUUUACAACUGACACUGCUGCUUUAAAGAAUCUUUUCUCAUCUCUUUAUGCUGAAUAAACAUAUUCCUGAACUUUUACCUCAAUCUAGAAGACAUACUGUGCGAGUUUCUAGUCUAGAAUUACCUUUUUUCCCCCAAAUAUCUUGGCUUAAUUUAUAUUAACAUAACGAAAUGUUUAUAAAACAUGAUUUUAUUUUGUUACAUGUAUCAGGUUCUAUGUUUAUAUGUUAUAUGUAUACACAUAAUGCUGUUAAAAUUUGUGAAUUUGUGAUGAAUUGGUGCAUGUUUAGUCCAGUUUUAAUUUAAAUAUACAAGUGAGUAUAUUCUUUUGUGAAGAACUUGGUUGUUUCACUGGCAAAAAAACAUAUUCACUGGUUAAUAGAAUUUAACUCAUAAAGUAUUCUUCUUAUUUUAUGCAAACAAAUAGAUCCAAUUGCAUUUUUGGUGAGUUAAGAUUUUUCAGUUACUGUAUGUAGUGCUUUUUUUUUUUUCAUUAGUCCACAAUAGAGUCUGAUUAAAACCACCCCUGUCACUGACAAGGGUAAGAAGAAAGGGCCCUCAAGGGGGGUUGGUUUUAAUCAGACUGUUUACUAUAGUACCAGUAUUUGUAAUAAACACUUAUUUGUUUACUUUAUUAUACUACAAUCUGUUGAUCUGCACAAGUUUGUUAUGUAUAGGUUGUGUAACUGUCGGACAUAUUAAAAUAAGUUGAUCUUGA